GACCAACCGGAAACUUACGCCUAUACCGCUAUUCGAGCGCAGGAAACAACAUAGAGGACAGCUUAAGUCGGGUUUUAUUGCGGAUUAGAAAUAUGUUAUUUAAAACAGCUUCACAUACAGUUCAUGGCAUUUAGGUAUUUUCCUAUUCAAGCAGAUAGGAGUUGAUUUUGCAUUAGCAAAACAGCUGCGCGCACGCGAGGAUAAUAUGGUCACCGAGUGAACCGAGUUUACAAGAAACGGACUUUAUCUACAGCGACGCCGCAGAGAGCAGAUGAACGGGUCGGUCGGGUCAGUCGGGCCGAUGCGUGUGUUGGUGACGGGCGGCAGUGGGCUGGUGGGGCGAGCGAUAGAGCAUGUUGUAAAAGAGGAGAGCGGAGCGAGAGAAGAAGAAACAUGGAUAUUCCUGUCAUCCAAAGAUGCUAAUCUUAUGAGCGCUGAAGAGACGAGAGCGGUCUUUCAGAAACAUCGUCCGACGCACGUCAUUCAUUUGGCCGCGAUGGUGGGAGGACUCUUCAGAAACAUGAGACAGAACCUGGACUUCUGGAGGAAUAAUGUGUUUAUUAAUGAUAACGUGCUGCAGGCGGCUCAUGAGUUCGACGUGGUGAAGGUCGUUUCUUGCCUUUCCACCUGUAUCUUUCCUGAUAAAACCACCUACCCUAUAGAUGAGACCAUGAUCCACAGCGGUCCUCCUCAUGAGACUAAUUUCGGUUAUGCUUACGCCAAACGCAUGAUUGACGUCCAGAACAGGGCGUUAUUUCAGCAGUAUGGACGGCGAUACACAGCCGUCAUCCCCACGAAUGUAUUCGGACCCCACGAUAACUUCAACAUUGAGAACGGACAUGUCCUGCCGGGACUGAUCCACAAGACGUACCUGGCCAAGAAGGAAGGUAAACCUCUGCAGGUCUGGGGUUCGGGUCGUGCUCUGCGUCAGUUCAUCUAUUCUCUGGAUCUGGCUCGUCUGUUUCUGUGGGUUCUGAGGGAGUACGACGAGGUGGAGCCCAUCAUUCUCUCAGUUGGAGAGGAAGAUGAGGUGUCCAUAAAGUUUGCUGCGGACGCUGUGGUUGAAGCUUUGGGCUUUGAAGGUGAUGUGAUCUUUGACACUAGUAAAGCAGACGGUCAGUUCAAGAAAACGGCCAGUAAUGCCAAACUACGCAAAUACCUGCCAGACUUCGAGUUCACGCCAUUCAGAGCUGCCAUCAAGGAGACGUGUGAUUGGUUUGUGGCAAAUUAUGACUCCGCCCGUAAAUGAAGAGCUCCUCAUCUGAUUGGCUGACUGUUCAAUGCUGGAAAGCAACCAAGGACUGAUCAAACAAACAACACUUAAUCAUUUUUACAAAGACAAACUCAUGCAACACUGCCGGUUAACCCGUCUUUCCAUCCUUAUUUAAGGGUUUUCUUCAAAUAUGUUCAUUUUCCUGGUAUGCAGUUAUUAAAACUGCAGAAUGCUGGGUUUUUAGAUGCAUUAAUGAAUGCAUGAACCGCUUCAGACUGCACGAGCUGACAUCGCCCUCUAGCGGAUGUGUGCGGGACAGCCUUAGUAUCUCAACCAAGGUUUAAGAUUAACACUAGCCUAAAGAAAGUAAAAACCCACGGUGGUGAGUAUUUCAAAAUGUGUACAUUUUUUUUUUAAUGGUUUUUAUAAUUAAUGCAUGGUUGUGAGAAAGUAGUGCAGUUAUAUUAAAUCUAUAAAUAUAUCAUGUAUUUCGACGCGGUACAUGUUUGCAGCUAGACUGUAUAAAUCUGUUGUCAGAAAAACACUGCUUCGUGAGGCUUGAAUCAAACUCACCGAGUCACGUGGUAUCAGCAAAUGUUUCCAGUCAUACUUUUUUUGGGGGUUUUGAAACGAUACAAAAUAUGCUGCUAGAUUGUGAUCUCGUGAACCAAUGAAGGAGUUUCUAAUAGUUGACUUUGGGUCAGUUUUAUGAUGUAGGUUCAUUUCUAAUUAAUUUAUUCAAUUGCAGAACUGCCAGUCUGUAUGCAUUUUGACCUGAAAGUACGCUGGUACGAUUUGUCACUCUGAACUGUGCAGAAAUCGAGUGACGUCUCUGUCCACGCGCAGUAUUCAAAACAAACAGAAAAGAUGUGCACGAGCUUCUGCUUUAGCGAUUCUUCACUGAACUCCACAGACUUCUUUCAGAACGAGCGCCAAACAGAGCAAUAACUCUGAGUCAAGUACACAUUUUACGUAUAUGUGUGAUAGCACUAACAGUAAAGUGUAAUGGGGUAAUCAAAAUAUCCAAAAGACUUAAUUAGUCUUUGCAUUUUAUUAUUUUCAUUUUUAAGUUAGUAACUUAAUUUUUUCUGCUUUGAAAUAUUUUUUUUUUUUUUUUGAUUGCAAUGUUACAGCGUAAUGUGAUUUUAACCCUUUUUUGCUCCUACAUGCUUAAUCACUUUAUUUGUUUAAUCCAAAAACAAAACACCAAGAUUUAUAGGCUACCAUAUACUGCAAAUCAGCCAAAAUAUAAAAAAAGAUAUGAAUUUUUGCUCAUGUUGCCCAGCCCUAUAUAGAAGUGUACUGGAGUUUUUUUCUUUAUAUAUAUAUAUAUAUAUAUAUAUAUAUAUAUAUACACACAAAAAUGUCCCAAGAUUGGCAUGUCUGCAAUUCAAAUAAUUGAUGCGUAUAUGAUGCAAUAAAAGAGAAUGAUAUUUUAAGGCAGGGUAGGUGUUAUCAGAAAGACUAGUGUUGAAAGCAUAAUAUCCCACCCUCUGUGCAUAAUCACUCUCCUAAGCCACGCCUUCAAGAGGCUAAAUAGAGACACGCCAUUGGUGGAGGGUUGACUGCAACGCUGUUGGAUGACAUCAUGUCUCAUUCACCGGUGAGAAGACAUUACAGUAUAAUGCGCAUAUAACAGUGCGUUGAAUAUUACAAUAAUAAUAAUAUUUCGCUCCCGCUCGCUCGCUCUGCAAUAGCGUAGUGUAACCGACUGAAGAGUAUCAUGUCUGCGCGUAACAAAUAAUAAUUUUAAACCGAAUCACCUACUCUUCCUUUAAUGUUGCGUAAUAACGCACAAAUCAAUAAAUCAUAUUUUACAGAAUUUUCAAAUUUAAGGCUAUUUAAUUGUUUAUUGCACACUUUAAUGAAAACAUUUGCAUGUAGUGGCUGCUUUUUCGUUCGCACUUACACCGUUUGACCAGUAGAUGGCGCCGGUCUAUAGCGCUUCGACUCCGCCUCGACACAUUUUAUGAAGUAACUGGUUCAUUUGAUUCAGUGCUUUGUAAAGCUUCGUUUCUUAGCCAGACCGUUGAAACCGCUUACUUCAGAAGAGACAUGCAGUGCAGAGAGAAGUGAAAUUUGGCUUUUCUUCGUGGAUCACGUGAUUGGUGCUAAUCUGCUUGUGGCUAGCCCACAUUGAAUGUCGUUUAAAUUCUGUUGCGUUUAUAUGAAAAUACAUCUGCAAAGACCCAAAGUCAUGUUCAUUUAGAGGUGCGUUUUAAUAAAAUAAGAACACUCUGGAAUGAUUUUAUAUGUUGGACCUGGCCACGCUUUGAAAACGACAACAGAAGUAAAGAGAGCUGCGUUUAUUAAACAUCGUAACAAAAUAGUCACAAUAUAUUAUGGUUGACCUAGAUGAAUGAUCACAUGUCUGAUUUUAUUCGAACUCUGUAUUGUACACUUUCUCUGUUUUACUGAUCUGUCUGGGUUUAUUUUCUAACGAUAUGUACUGUAUAGUUUAAUAGUAGCCUACGCUUGUAUUGUAAACGAUGCUUUCCUAUAUGAAGGAGUUUUGGACUAUGGUUUCCUGAAUCACACAGAAACCUGAAGCCUCAGUAUUAUAUGGUCAAGACCAGGGCUCGAAUUGCAGGGGGAUGGCAUCCUCCUUUGUUGAAAUAAAAUGACAAAAAGCAUCUCCUCUGUAAAACCACCAUCCCCUUUACAUUAACAAUGUUGUGUGUAAUAUAAAACUUGAAAUGCAUAAUAAAUGAUGUUGGUUUCCUCUG